AUGGUUUAAAUAUCACUAAAUUCCUAGUGGAAAUAAAUUUUAUAGAGCUAAACCUUUAUCAUAGCAGUUUUGGCUAUUUUGCCUUCUCUUCUUAUGUCUGUUAUUUGCUAUACAUCUCUCACAUAGUUUUAAUUAUAGACAAAAAUAUUAAUAACAUAAUAUAGUGAGAAUUUAUAUUAAUCACAAAAGAAUAGCUCUAAGCAGCAUAAUUUUGCUCUAGGGAUUCAAUUUGAUUCGCAAGUACAAUAGAUAUAAUGGAGACUGUACGUUACAAAUAAAUUUUAUAAGAAAAUCCUUAAUGGCCAAGUUAUUAAAAACCCUAAUUUCUAAGCUACUUUUAUAAGUCUUGAAAAAACAUUUAACUAAACAGAAGAUUCAUAACUUUUAGGUUUAUUCAAAAGAAAUCCUAUCCUAACAAGCACAUGGUUUAAUCCAAAUCACACUAAUUUUGAUGAACUAAAUAUAUAGUCAAAGGAGGAACUAUAGGAUUCUUUUUACCUAGAUAGCUUAUGGAGAGCUAUUAAAUACGAAAAUACAAUUAAUGGCUACUCUAGAUUAUAAAUAAAAGACCUUUUUUUAGGGUUUGAAAAUGAUGGAGCUCUAUACAUAACUCCAGGUAUUAAUUCAACAUAUUCUUAAUUUAAACCUCCAAAUUGGUGCUUACCAAACGUAUAUCACAUGGAUGUAAGAUGCAGAUUUUAUUAUCAGCCUACUAUUGAGAGUACUUCUAUUCCAAUAUUAUAUGCUGAUAUAUUUUAUAGCAAUCUUGGGGAACCUUUUUUAGCAAGUAUUUUCUGCUAAAGGACUGAUAUAAGGAAUGCAAAUGAAGACUUUGAAAAGUACAGUAUUUUAUGCCUAAAUAUCGACUUAACACACAUAUCUUCCUUUAUGAAUAAUUUUGGUAGUAAUUCUAAGUUUUAAUUAUUUUUGGAUCCUGUAAAGCUAAACGUAAUUUAUGAUUCUGACCAAUCUAUUCUGAAAGGCUAAGUAAUAAACGUAUUUGACCAUUAAAUUAAAUGGAUGUAAUCAAAGUAGUAAUAAGACUUAUUUAUGAGCACUUUGAAAAAUUUUACUAGUUCAUAGAUAUUAGACAGCUUUAGUCAAGUUAAUAUGGUAAAAUCUCUCACAGAUAAUGUUUUAUAAAACUAACUUACUCUAGAAUAUAAUAUAAAUGGAACAGAUUUAUUUGCAAUUAUGAAUAGAAUUACUUUCAUAGAUAAAAUUCCAAAUUAGAAGGACUAAUAACUAUAAGGAACUAAAUAUUUAGAAAAAUUGGUGUACAUCUUUAUAGAUGUGCUAACCCAAGAGCAACUUAUGGAAAAAUCUAGAGGUGAAUCGUAGACGACAAGCCAUGAUAUUUAAAUUGGUUCAUCUUAAAAUAAGCAAAAGUAAAAAUAAAAUGAAAAAAAUUAGUAUAAUAUAAGAAUAUUAAAAGAAGAUUAACAUAAAAAUGGAGACAAUUUGAAUGAUAAAAAUCUAAAGAGCCAGUUAAAUUUUUAAUCAAUGAGUUCUAGAAGAGGAGGAAUUACAUACUUUGGCUUUAUUUAGGAAGAAGAAUGGAAAGUUAAUAUCGUUGAUUUCUGUCUUUCAAGUGAAACUAAGAGUUUGUUUGAAAGCUUUCAGAAUAUGUUUUAAACCCUCUAAUUUAUUACUUAAAAUAUUUUUGGUGGAGACGAAAGUUAAUCGCUUCUUAGUCUAUCUACAUAAAUUGAAUUUUUUAAAAGCAUUAAAAACUAUAGAGCAUUGGGAAUUUGCUUUAAUAAUAUGGGUAAUAUUCACUAUAAUUGUUGCAGGUAUAAAGAAGCUUUGGAAAGUUACUAGCAUGCUUUGAUAUACGCUUAAUAUGAGAUUGAAUUGUAUAAAUCAAUUGACUAUUUCUGUAAAUCUGAAACUCAAAAACAUUAGGAUAUUCAUGACAAUUCAAAUAAUGAAAUUAAUGAGAAAAGCAGAGAGCAAGUUUGUGAUAAUGACAACCAUUCUAUCUUAAAGGAAAACUCUGCUCUUAGAAAACAUGAUUUUGGAUAAAAAUAUAAAAGUUCUAUUAACUAUUCUAAAUAAAGUAUGCAACAUCCUCUUUUAAAUAUCUUAAAUAAUAAUCAAACUCUAUCUAAUAGUCAUAACUUUUCUUCUUCUAUUAAAUUUAAAUUGUUCUGUAAGCUAAGCAAAUAAGAAAGUGAAGUGCUUUGGUGGAAUAUCUUUAAUAGAAAAUACAACUAUUGUUAAGCUCUAGCAGGGUAUUUAAAAGAUUACCAUAAUAACAAUAUUAGCUUGUGGGAAGAAAUGGAGUCAGUCGUUUAUGAGCUACUUGCAAUUAGUAGUAGCUAAUUCCUUCCAUAAUGCCAUAAAAGAGAUAUGAUUAUACUCUAUUAGCUAUCUAUAGCUUUAUUGCAUUAAAAUAAAGUUUAUUAAUUUCUUGAAUGCCUUUCAAUAUAUGAAUAAAUAUAUAAUUUCAGUAAAGAAUCAAAGCAUUAAGCAAAGAUAGAAUCUAUUUCUAAAACUGUAAUCAGACAAAAUUUAACCCCUCAAAAAAAAGAAUAAAAACCUAUCUUCUAAAGCUAAGAAUAACCUAAUUCGUUCAGUAACUAGCAUAAUAAUCCUCUUAUAAACGCUUAGAGCUUAUCUCAGAAAACUAACAAAAAUAUAUUUUUUACACCUUAACACUAUCAGCAAAAAAAUGAUUAAAAACUCCAUGAAUUUCCAACAAUCUAAUUUUCUGCUGAAUAGUCAGAUUAAGUUAUGUUUUAGGCAACUCAAAAAUCAAGAUUUCAUUUAAAUGAUGCACCACUUUAGCUACCAGCUAAUUUCACUUUCAAGCAUAAAGAAAUCUUGAAAAAAAAAGACUCUCUUUUUUUAACUUGUGAAGAUAGCCCUACAAUGUUGUCUUCGCGCCAACUUGAAGGUGCUUAUUUAGACGAGAAUGCUACAUUUCAUGCUAUUAGAGAUACUUAAGCCAAUCUCUUUUAAAUUUCCAAAAAUAAUAUCAGUAAUGUUUUAGAAUAGAAUGUUUAGAUUGCUAAUGAUGCAGAAAAUCAAAGUAAUUUAAUAAUCGAUAUGGCUAAGAUUAACUAAGAAACUCCUGAUAAACUUAAAUCAGCUUAGCAGUUUUUAUUUGGUAGCUUAUUAAAGAACAAGAGUGAAUAAUAUUAUAGCACUGCAACAUUCUAGGCCUAUGAAACGAAUUCUACAAGUCUUUAUGAUAUCUAAUAACAACGAAGUAAGCCAAGAAAUCAGAGUUAACUAUCAAACCUUUAAUCAAAGAUAGGAAAUUACAGCCACUCAGCUGAGAUUCUUACUAAGAUACUAGAAAGGAGCUACGUUUACUCUCCUCAUUUAAAAAAAAGAAUUUUAAAGAAACUUCAUAAUAUUUUUAUAAAAUUAAACAUUAAAAAUCCCUUUCUUUUAAAUAUGAAAUACUAGUACGAAAAUCUAUAAAAAUCUAAUUUUAAAAUUUGUUUUAUAACCAAUGUGCAAAAGCCACUCUAAAAGUAAGAAUGCUUACACCUAUGCUAAGAUUUGAUAUAGGAUAUUUUAACUCGUAAAUAAGAUUAGCUUUCUUUAAUAAACUAUAAAUAAGAGGAGCUUAUUUAUGUGCAAUAGCAAAUGUUAACUCCCGUUUUUAUAAUUAAGAAAUAAAUAAACCACUUUUAUCAGAUUCUUUUAAAAUCAUUUACUAAUGAAAAUGACUCUAAGUAGUGUAACAACUCUCCUUUAUGCUCUUAAAAUAUUAGUUUCAGCCUUUACAAUCAAGAUUAAAUUAAAAAUAUUUAAUCUCCUUUGUCAAAUUUGUCAUAAAAUUUAAUUCAUUUUAAAUCUGAUUAAAAUUAAAAUGCUUCAUAAAAUUUUCACUAAUAAAAUCAUCAAGGCUUGACAGAGCAAUUUGAUGAUGAAUUUUUUUCUAUACAUAAAAUGCAAAAAUAAAUCAAAGAAUAGGAAAAAUAAAUUAAAACUGAAAAUUAAUAAACUCAUCAAAAUGCUAUCAUUAGUAUAAUUGAUUUAAAUAACGAAAAUGUAGGAUACUAAGUUUCAUUCAAAAGUAUAGAUAACUCAAAUAAUUUGUAGUCAGAUGUUAAAUUAAAUUUAGAUAUAUCUGUGAAUGGUCUAAUUAACAUAGAAAAUAAUAACCUUUAACCUUAUACAAAAAUAAAUUCAAUUAAUUCAUCAUAACAAUUCUUCAAUUAGAACAAUUAAGAAGAAAUUAUUAAAAAUUGUUAGCAUUAAAAAGUUGAAAAUAACUUAAAAUAACACUAAACACUAUAAAUAUCAAAUGAACCACAAAAAAAUAAUACCUCUUCAACUUCUUCAUUUUAAAAAAUUAAUAUAAAUAGACCAUCUUCCUUUAAAAAAAUUUUUUUUUCAUCUGAUGAUAAAAAUAAUUCACAAUAAAAUGGUUAAUUAAGUGAUUAAAUUUUAAACGGAAAAUUCGAUGACUAAGAAUAAAAAAAUUAUUAAAAAUUCCCAUCUAUUGAUUCUAUUUAUGAGUAGAAUAAUCUUUAGUAAAUUUCAAAUUUUCAUAGGGUUGUAUCAUGUCCAAAUACAAGCACCACUGAAAAAGAAGAGAAUUCAAAUUCAAAUUUAUAGAAUUCGAUUUCCUAAUAAAAAGAAUAGGAACUAAUAUUUCAUCUUGGUGUUCAUAUUGCACUCAAAAGAGAUAUUCUAAAUUCACCUUAAAAGAUCUCCUUUUAUUAGGCUUAAAAAAAAAAUGGAAAAUAUAUGUAAUUAAGUGAAAAUUAAAAAGAGGUGCUCUCUUAAAAUUACUUCAAGUUUAAAGAUUCAGAUUCAUAUCCAAUACAAAAAACUUUCUUAAUUUAUGUUACAGACUAAAUUUUAGUAAUUAGAAAUACAUUUUUGUACAAAGAAUUGUGCAGCUUACUUUACAAUUUAAGCAUAGAGCUACUAGUUUUGCUAUAAAAUUCUUAUUAAUCUACUUUAGAACAACCAAUUGAUUUAAACGCUGAAAUACUAAACAAAAAUGUGAUAUAAUUUUUUACAUCUUAAUCAAAACUCCUAUAAUAUAUAUACAAUCAGAGAGAUAUUAGUAAUCAUAAUUUGUAUCCUACUAUUGUAGAGUAAUUUUAAACUAAUUCAUUUGAAUGA